GCGCUCCUGCCUCUCUCACACUCAGCCAGUCCGAGCUCCUGUCAUCGAUAUCCUGCUCCUCCGUCACUUCCGUCCAACCACCGCCGCCGACGCAAUUGCGAACUUCGAAGCCACCGUUGCAGCGUCGCAUCUUCCUUCCCCUCCGUUGCGCAGCAACCGUCGCGACUUUCUUCCCCUCCAUCGCGCAGCCACCGUCGCAACGUCGAAGCCUCCGUCGCGCAGUCGCCCCACCGGCACCAACUCUGUUCCACCUUCAACCAUCGAUCGUGCUCCACUGCUCCCUGUCCCCCUCUUGUGUCAGCUUUGUCCUGUUCUGCGCUCCCUCAGUCCCUGAUACCAUUGUCGUCUCCGAGCACCGUUGUCAUCUUCUUUAAUUCCAUCUUUGAUAUAGAUCAAACAACCACGGCGGUGCCAAUUCGGAACAAGAUGAUCAUUGCUUGGAGAUAUUCUCACUACCGAUGAUCACUCUGAGCUUGGCAUUCCUCCCUCUGCAUCAUUUCUUUCAGCUCGACGUGCCUUCCAACAUAGCCGGUUUUCUUGUGCCUUAUUUUGGUGGAAUGAUCUAAUUGUCGUUUCUGUGGUGCUUGAAGGAACUAUUAAGUGAAUUUUUCAUCUUGAUCUGCAUUGUCUUUGAAUUAGGCUGAAGAGAUGAGAACUCAGCAAGACAAGUUUGUUAGAUUUUCCCCUCAUGUGUUCCUUCUUCUCUGCGGAAUUCUAGGAUCUGCACUAUUUCAAUGAGUAAGGCUUCAAGUUACAUACCAACUGCUCCAAUUUUUCUUCUUGAAGGACCUUGGAAGGAGGAAUGGCUACAACCUUAAACAUGGCGAUGCCCGUGUCCAUGUGGAGCCCUACACAGACGAAGACAACCAUAACUGUUGCCCAACCCCGCGAGUUCCAAAGCCAAAAGUUGAAUACAUUGCUGAAAGCAAUAACAUCUUCGACAACUUUGAGACAACUAAAGCAAGUGCACGCUCAAAUCCUGCGCUCCAACCUGGAACGCUCUCACUCCCUCCUCAUCCGCCUGCUCCUCUCCUCCGCCGCCUUCUCCUCCGAGUACGCCGUCUCCCUCUUCUCCCAAAUCCCAAACCCUCCCACCCAUUUUUCCAACCAACUCCUCCGCGACUUCUCUCGCGGCCCCACACCCUACAACGCUCUCUUGCUCUAUUACACCCUCAGGACAUGUGUCCCCCUUGCUCUUGACAACUUCAGCUUCCCUCCUUUGCUUAAGGCAGUUUCCAGAGCCUCUGCUUUGAACCAAGGUUUGGAGAUUCAUGGCUUUGCUUCCAAGUUGGGUUUCGAUGCUGACCCUUUCAUUCAAACGGGUUUGAUUGGUAUGUAUGCGGCUUGUGACCGCAUUGUGGAUGCACGCUUGCUGUUUGACAAAAUGUCUCAUCGGGAUGUUGUUGCUUGGAAUAUUAUGUUUGAUGGGUACUGCCAAAAUGGUGGUUAUGAUCGUGUUUUGGAGCUAUAUGAGGUGAUGAAGAGUUCUGGUGUGGAACCAGAUGGUGUGAUUUUCUGUACUGUGCUUUCUGCUUGUGGUCAUGCUGGGAAUUUGAGCUAUGGCAAAGCAAUCCAUGAGCUCAUUCGGAAAAGAGAUCUGGUUCUUGACUCUCACUUACAGAGGGCCUUAAUUAACAUGUAUGCAAACUGUGGUGCAAUGGAUUUGGCUCGGAAGCUGUAUGAUGAAUUCUCCACAAAACACUUGGUUGUUUCUACUGCAAUGCUUUCAGGGUAUGCAAAGCUUGGAAUGGUUAAAGAGGCUCGUAUGAUAUUUGACGAGAUGAUUGAAAAGGACUUGGUGUGUUGGAGUGCAAUGAUAUCUGGUUAUGCUGAGAGUGAUCAGCCUCACGAGGCUCUUAAAUUGUUUGAUGAAAUGCAGCUGCACAGAAUAGUUCCUGAUCAGAUAACAAUGCUGAGUGUCAUUUCCGCUUGUGCUCAUGUUGGUGCGCUUGAAAAAGCAAAAUGGGUUCAUACAUAUGUAGAUAAAAAUGGAUUUGGAAGAGCUCUGUCUGUCAACAAUGCUCUAAUUGAUAUGUAUGCCAAGUGUGGGAGCUUGGACAGAGCAAGAGAGGUAUUUGAGAACAUGCCAAGAAAAAAUGUGAUAUCUUGGUCCAGUAUGAUCAAUGCUUUUGCCAUGCAUGGGGAUGCUCAUAGUGCCAUAAACCUCUUCCAUAGGAUGAAAGUAGAACAUGUUACGCCCAACGGUGUUACAUUUAUUGGUGUACUUUACGCAUGCAGUCAUGCGGGUUUGGUUGAAGAGGGCCAGAACUUCUUUUCAUCCAUGAUUGAUGAGCAUGGCAUCUCUCCCAAGCUUGAGCACUAUGGUUGCAUGAUUGACCUGUAUUGUAGAGCCAACCUCUUGAGGAAAGCUAUUGAGGUUAUUGAGACAAUGCCGUUCGCUCCAAAUGUUAUCAUUUGGGGAUCCCUUAUGUCUGCUUGUCAAGUGCACGGUGAGGUUGAAUUAGGUGAAUUUGCAGCCAAACGACUUCUUGAGAUAGAACCUGAUCAUGAUGGAGCCCUUGUAGUUUUGUCAAACAUUUAUGCCAAAGAAAGAAGAUGGGAUGAUGUUGGAUUGAUAAGGAAAUUGAUGAGUCAUAGAGGCAUCUCCAAGGAGAGGGCAUGCAGUAGGAUUGAAAUGAAUAAUGAGGUGCACGAGUUCAUGAUGGCCGAUAAAUAUCAUGAAAAAUCAGAUCAAAUAUAUGAGAAAUUAGGUGAGGUAGUGAGUGAAUUGAAGCUAAUUGGCUACACACCAAGUACCUCAGGCAUUUUGGUUGAUAUAGAAGAGGAAGAGAAGAAAGAACUAGUUCUCUGGCAUAGUGAGAAAUUAGCAUUAUGUUAUGGGCUAAUAAGUGGGAGGAAAGAGUCAUCAUGUAUUCGCAUAGUUAAAAAUCUCAGAAUAUGUGAGGAUUGCCAUACCUUCAUGAAGUUGGUUUCGAAAGUGUAUCAAAUAGAGAUUGUUGUGAGAGAUAGAACUAGGUUUCACCAUUGCAAAGGUGGUGUCUGUUCUUGUAGAGACUAUUGGUGACUUUUAUAUCAUUUUUUUCUAUUUGUAAAUUAAACUAUAGUAUCACAUAUUUUCAUCUUCAUUGAUA